CGCAACACAAAUCAUGUUUCCUGGCCUGAUCGUGUUGUGAGUAGCAUAGAGAUGAACAUACAACAUUAGGCUUAUAAAAAUGAGACAAGUUUCUGAUUUCGGACUCUCAAGUAUUUGUACAAUAAUCAUCGAUUCCUAAUACUGUGGAACCAUGAUCAUUGGUUGUUGGUUCAUCGGUGUAUUUGUACUGCUGAAAAACGUCUGCACUGCUGAUACAGUGUAUUCAGACGACAAAGUUGAAGGGGUUAUUGGACAUAAUGCUUCCUUGCCAUGUGCAUCAAAUAUAAAUGAUCAUAACCUUCAAGAUAUUAAUGUGCUAUGGAGACACAAUGGCAGCACAAAUGUCUUGGCCAUCAUUAAUGGUGAAGCUUCUUUAGACUAUCAGAAGCCCAAGUACAAAUACAGAACUCAAACUUUCCCUGAUAAUUACAAGGAUGGAAACUUCACCUUAAAGCUCAACAAUCUCACACACACUGAUGCAGGGAUGUACCAAUGCUACAUCACACACUCAUCUGAACUUGUGACUUUACAACUGCUUCUUAAUGAAUCACCAGAAGAGAAGUCAUCAGAUGUAGAAGGAGGAAAGAGAAACAUAUUAAUUCUUGUGUUUUGUUUUUCCCUGUUAAUUGUAUCUAUUGUAUGUAUAGUAAUUGCCUGCGUGAUGAAAAGUGGUAAUACAACCUCUAGUCAAGGGUUUUUUGCUACUGGAGCAUGCCUGCCCUGCCAAUUUUGGUUCAACCCGAUAUCAAAAACACCUGAAAAAAAAAACAAUCAGAAUAAUUAGGUUAACUCAAGGCACCCCUAUAACAUACAAGAACAGUGGCACUGAUGCCUCAAAGUAAAUAUUAUUUAAAUGUUGGCUCAGCCUACAUGAUUACUAGGCCUCCACCUUCCUGUUUUUGGGGACAAUUCUUCCUAAAUACCUCCUCUACCCAAUCUAAUAUAUUCCACCUUAUAUCAAUUUAGAAAAAAAACAUUUGUGUAUCAUUAUUUCUUUUAAUACUGAAUGGUUUUGUAUAGAGUAUUCUGUCUAAAUGGGUUGCAGUGAUGUUCAUCUUAACUACCUUAAAGCGGCACUACGUAGGAAUUGUCUCUUUGUCACCAACUCAGUUUGUAAGUGCUACUGAAGGUGAUGUGCGGAUGAGUCUGAUAUUUUGAGUCCUGGCCUGUGACAGUGCAGCAGUGGGAAUCUUCACUGUACAUCAGUAGUAGGGCUGGGUAUCGAUUCUGAUGUUCCGAUUUGAUUCCGAUUCACACGCAUUCGAUUUGAUUUGAGUCGAUUCUCGAUUCAAGUCAAUGAUAACCCACAUAGCAAGCAACCAUUGAAUCAAUGUUAAAAUAAAUUAUUUGUGAAUGUUAAUUGCAUUGAAUCAAUAUCACUUUCGCACCUGCAAUUAAUGUAGAAUUGUAAUUGUAGACAUUUCAACAAAUCUCCAUUAUUGUGAUCAGGCAACUCUUUUACCACUUUCCAGAUUUACACUAGUGCUUUGAUAGGAACACUUAUACAUUGAUAAAGAAAUAAUUGUUCGGAAAAUUUACUUUUUAUCAUGACCAGUUAAAAACUUAACAUUAACAUACAAGAGUUGAGCUAAAUCAAAAACUGAUCACUAUAAUGGUGAUUUGUUGAAAUUACAAAACAUAUUCAACAUUAAUUGCAGGUGCAAAAGUGAUAUUGAUUCAAUGCAAUUAACAUUGACAAAUUAACUAUUUUUAACAUUGAUUCAGUGGUUCCUUUCUAUUUGGGUAUAUAUUUAAUACAAAUCCUAUAGAUAUUUCUAAAAAUGAUCAGUAAAUAUUACUUUACAAUGGUGAACUAAAAAUUAAAUGAAAUCAGCCAGAAACCUGUAUAUUAAAAUUAAAACAUACUUGGGUAUAUUGAAACAGAACAUUUAUUUAAAAUUUGAGAUGCAGUAUGUGAGAAUUUGGAUUUUGCCUGUGUCCCACAUAUUAUGUGAAAUGUAUUUCAAUGAUUAUUGUUCACAAAUCAUAUUAUGUGAAAUGUAUUUCAAUGAUUAUUGUACAUGAAUUAGGACUAACCUUACUUGAGUUUAAGUGCUGACCAAGCUAACAGAAUGUUCAGAACAAUAAUGUUAAUGUACUUCUAAGAAUUUCUAAGAACAAGGAACUAACUCGCGUGAAUAACAUCAAUAUAGGUCUUGUUUCAAUGACAUAUUUACUUCCUCUUUUAUGAAUAUAAGAUAUAUAUAUAUUGAAACUAUAUUCAAUAAACUUUGAACUCUGAUUGAACUGCA